UUCACUUUUAUUUCUUCAACAAGAAGCUUACCUUUCCUUAAACACGAAUAGACCACCCUACUACCACCUCAACCACUAACAAUAAAAGAAAAUCGAUCGUGUGUCGCUUUAUUCAGAAUAUACAGUGACUUCGAUUUGUCCAGGUUUAUAUUUUGCUGUAGCAGUGCCACGCAAUACAAUAGUCCACUUGACAUUACAAAACAAUAUUUAACGGAUGUGCUUCUCCAUGAGGAGAGCCUGAAACAAAUGAAAAACAUCGUUAAAUAGCAACAGCAACAAUAAUAACAUGAUGGAAGGUGAGAAAAUGAAAAUAUUAGAUGGAGGUACAGGAACAUUACUUGUACGGAUGGGAUUUACAGAAGUAGAUGAAGAUGCACUGUUUAGUGCCAAACUGAUCUCCACAAACCCAGAAGCCAUCAAAGAAUGCCAUAAAAAAUUUUACCUUGCUGGUUCUGAUGUUGUUGUAACAGCAACAUAUCAAGCAAGUGUUGAAGGCUUCCAGAAACAUCUCAAGAUGACUGAACAGGAGGCCAAAAACCUGAUGAAGAUUGGGGUGAAUUUAGCAAAACAAGCUCGGUGUGAAGUUCAAAAGGAAAACCCAGAUCUGCAACAUUUGCUGGUCGCUGGCUCCGUUGGUCCCUAUGGUGCCUGUCUACAUGAUGGAUCCGAGUAUACGGGGAAAUACAUGAAUACAGUGCAGAUCAACGAACUAAAGUCUUGGCACAAAUCUCGAAUAGAUUUGUUGAUGGAAGCAGGUGUGGAUAUGCUAGCUGUGGAGACCUUUCCAUCUCUCAAAGAAGCUCUUGUUGUCCUAGACAUCAUGAAUGAAAUUCCAAACUGUCGUGGAUGGGUGACUUUUUCUUGCAAGGACGGAAAGCAGACGUGUGGUGGAGAUAAUUUCUGUGAUGCAAUAAAACAGGUUAUGUCUUCAAGCUGUGUGAUAGCUGCAGGAGUUAACUGUACAAGUCCCGAAUACAUUAAUGAUUUAUUAGACAGCAUCAAGACCAUACCGUUGACUAAACCAGUCAUUGUUAAGCCAAACAGUGGUGAAACAUGGAAUGUCGCACAGGGGUGGCAUGGUGGUGUCAAAAGUAUCACUGAGUACAGCAAGGAAUGGAUAAAUAGUGGUGCCAGUUGGAUCGGAGGUUGCUGCCGUGUAUAUCCAGAGGAUAUUUCCAAACUGAAGUCCACUCUAUCAAACUGCUUUAUUUGAACAAUCAAACACAACCUUGAAGAGAUUACUUACCUCCAACUAUUAUUUGUAUCUUGACCCUUAUUUUCCUCCCUCAAAAACAAAAAAUAAAGAAGAGUGGAAAUGAUUUCUUUUUAUAUAUCUGGGGAGUUUUAUAUUUAAAGAAAUAAAAUUAUUAAAAAA